AAUAAAAGUCACAAGUCAUAACUCCUCACCUCCCAACCCCACCAUAACUCCCCGGGUUGCUAUCCUAUAUAACCAGGCCUUUGCUAUAUGCAGUGUAAAAGAAAUCAGGCGCUACCUGGUACUAGCUUGAAAAGCAUUUUCCUUGAUUAUAGAUUGUUAGGGUGGGAAGAUGUUUAGAUUAAUAACGGGAAUACCAGGGCCGAGUGGCUUCGGAUCGGCUUCCACUGCUGAACAAGUUACGCAAGGGAUUGAUGCCUCCAACCUCACUGCUAUCGUUACAGGCGGUGCAAGUGGGAUAGGCUUUGAAACAGCAAGAGUGUUGGCCCUGAGGAAAGCCCAUGUGGUUAUUGCUGCAAGAAAUGUUGAGGCUGCAAAUGAGGCAAGGCAAAAUAUUGUGAAGGAAAAUGGAACUGCUCGCGUCGAUGUCCUAAAACUCGACCUUUGCUCGAUCAAAUCGAUCAAGGCCUUUGCUGAUGACUUCUAUGCCCUUGGUCUUCCUCUCAACAUCCUAAUAAACAAUGCUGGUGUCAUGUUCUGUCCCUACCAGCUUUCUCAAGAUGGAAUAGAGAUGCAAUUUGCAACUAAUCACCUUGGUCAUUUCUACUUGACGAACCUUCUCCUUGACAAAAUGAAGCACACCGCAAAUUCUACAGGCAUCGAGGGUAGGAUUGUGAAUUUGUCAUCCGUGGCUCAUGUCCAUACUUACCGUGGAGGAAUCCGAUUUGAUCGCAUCAACGACAAAGACAGUUACUCAGACAAAAAGGCCUACGGGCAAUCCAAGCUAGCAAACAUUUUACAUGCCAAUGAACUCUCUCGACGUCUGCAGGAAGAGGGAGCGAACAUAACGGUCAAUUCAGUGCAUCCAGGAUUGAUAAUGACUAACCUCAUGAGACAUUCUGCACUGCUAAUGAGAGUUUUGCAGGCGUUCACUUUUAUCUUGUGGAAGAAUGUGCCUCAGGGGGCAGCCACAACAGGCUAUGUUGCACUCCACCCGAGUUUGCAAGGUGUGACUGGAAAAUACUUUCUUGAUUGCAAUGAGUUUCCACCGAGCAAGUUGGCAAGAGAUAAAGCUUUAGCCAAGAGAUUGUGGGACUUCAGCGACAAGUUGGUGAAUGCAGCGGCUCAAAACUGAUGAAAUAUACUAGUACUACUACUACUGUAUUUCCUAGUUUGGUCCUAUAUCAAUCAUUUGUACACCAUGUAGCUAGCUAAUCUGGCUGCCUGUUUGAGAGUAAGAUGAGAAAUUAAGUACAGGUAGAAAGUUUUACUUGGUCGUUGAAGUGGUCGAUGAAACCAUACCCACUAUGAUACAAAGAAUUUCAUUUGUUUGCAAGUCCUGCAGACGACA